GCAGAACUGAGAGUGCAAAAAGUAAGUCUUUGGAAUGAAUUUUCUUUUUGAAUCUCACAAAAACACAUUAAGACCUACUUGCUUGUAAAUAUGCAAAUAUUAUUCUCACUGAACUAGGUUGGUGAAAUAUGCUGUCAUUGCCCAUUUUAAUACGUUUUGACAAUUUCCUUGAAUUCUUCAUGUGGCAAAUAAAACUUGAAUAUACUCAGUAUUAUGCAGAUAUCUUACUGUUUAAAAUAUCUAUACUGUUUUUUCCAGCAUGUUGGAUCAGUUGCCGGCUGAAAUAAUCUGCCUGAUUCUUGACUUUCUCAAAAUAGAAGACCUCAUUAAAGUUAGCAAGAUAAACCAGCAAUUCAAAACCAUCAUAUCAAAAUACCCUAACAUAGGGUGGAAAAACAUUUUUGUUCCUGAAACUAUUGACAACGAAGAAUUCGUAACUUUGUGUGAACAUUCAAAGCAAUUUGAAGAAUUUAUUGUUAGUGGAGCAGUGGAACUAAUGUUAAUGUCACCAGAAGCUGACUUUUUCAUAUUUUCUGCCCUACAGUAUAGCAUUAAUCUUCAUAUCCUUCAAUUGGAUGGGACAACAAUAUCGACACUGACAUUCUUAAGAUUCCUUCCCAAUCUUGAGGUAUUGUCGCUUUCCUAUUGUCUUAAUCUGGUAUCAGAGGACAUUAUAGCACUACAAUGGUGCCACAAGAUAGAGCAGUUGUAUGUUUCACAUACUGCAAUUGAUGCAUUAGAAUUGACGACAGUGUGCAUGAAGGAAAAGUUCCCCAAUUUAUUCAGCGUGGAGGCACAGGGGAUAGAGUUUACAUAUCUUCAAAUCUGCCAACUACUAAAUGCUGUAGUGAAACUUUCCUAUUUUGGUUUGUCGCUUUUCCCAACCCUCCCUCUGAGAACCUUCAACUUGGCAUUCAAAAACAGGUACACAGAUAUUGUCUGGACAAUUGUUUAA